AUGGCUGACAAGAAACAAGAUGCGAUACUGGACGGGGAUGCUGAAGCCCAGCAGGUAGAAAACGCUCUGCCAGUAGGGGCGCUUCACCGAGUCAGCUUGACAGAAGAGGAUGAUAAAAUCAUUCGACGAAAGACUGACAAAGUCAUCCUGGCCAUCCUUGUCUGGGUAUACUUUCUCCAAAUACUCGACAAGUCGGUGCUUGGCUAUGGAGCGCUCUUUGGUCUCCUGACAGACACUGGCCUGACGGGGACCCAGUACUCCCUCCUUGGAUCAAUUGCGCCGAUAGCCCAACUCGCUUGGCAGCCGUUCUCCGCGUGGCUCAUUGUCAAGGUCCCUCAUCGUAUCCUGAUGCCAACUUUGGUUCUAGGUUGGGGCAUUGCUCAGGCCUCAAUGGCAGCCUGCCACAGCUACAGCGGACUGCUAGCGACUCGGUUCUUCCUCGGUCUCUUUGAAGGUGGCUGCUUGCCAUUGUUUUCCGUCAUAACGAGCCAGUGGUACCGUCGCGCCGAACAGCCCAUUCGUGUAGCUGCUUGGUACAGCACGAACGGGACUGCCACAAUCGUUGCCGCCGCCUUGUCCUACGGUCUGGGUCAUAUCCCAUCCGAAACACUUAAAUCGUGGCAAAUUAUAUUCCUUUUUGUCGGUCUAGUCACUAUCAUCACAGCUCCGUUUGUGUAUUGGAGGCUCGACAGCGACAUUCAAUCAGCCAGGUUUCUGACUGAUUUGGAGAAAGAACAAGCCAUUGAGCGUUUGCGUAGCAACCAGACCGGCACCGGGUCUAGAGACUUCAAGUGGUCGCAUGUUGCAGAGCUGUUUCUGGAGCCCAAAAGCUACCUUUGGGUCGGCAUGACUUUGCUCCUCAACGUUGGCGCGGCUGUCCAAAACACCUUUGGGCCCUUGAUCUUGUCGGGAUUAGGGUAUGACAAGUACCUUGCGUCGUUGCUGAACAUGCCUUUUGGCGCUCUGCAAAUGAUUGUUAUCCUCGCGGCUUCGUGGGCAGCGCAGAGAGCCAAAGUCAAGUCCGCAGUGUUGGACGCUAUACUAAUCCCAGUCGUGGUUGGUCUCGCAAUGCUAUUUGUUCUAAGGCGCGAUCAAUCGGAACAGGGCCCAUUACUUUUGGCGUAUUACUUUCUCGCCUUCCUGUUUGGCGCCAAUCCUUUGAUUGUGUCUUGGAUUGUCGGCAAUACUGGUGGAACUACCAAGAAGUCGGUCAUUAUGUCUCUGUAUAAUGCUGCCUCUUCGGCUGGGAACAUCAUUGGACCUCUGCUCUUUUCUGCUGACGAGGCGCCUACUUAUCACAAGGGACUGCGCAGUGUAUUGGCCAUUUUUGUCACACUUAUUGUGGUGGUCUUGAUACAGGCUGCCAAUCUGUUUGCCCUCAAUAAGUUGAAUCGGAAGCGCCGGGUCAGGGCCGGGAAAAAGGCUGACAUCCAUGAUCGAUCGAUGGAUAGAAGAUUUGCAAACAAUUCUGAACAGGGGGAGAAUGAGCAGAGUGCCACAAAUGAUGAUCUCGACCUGACCGACGGUAAGAAUGAUGAGUUCAUAUACAUUUACUGA